GGCUUGAUGUCAGGUCACGAAGAAGAUGGAUGUGACCAUGCUAAACCCUAUGAAUUUGGCAUACAGGAUGAACAAUUGUGUGUCCUGGUCCCCUCAAUGCGUAGGUGGUCUGUUAGAUUGUUUCUCUUCACUGUCCGGAUUGCCUAUAUUCAAGUACUCUUCGCUGGGCUACCCAAUUAAUAAAAUAUCAUUAAC